CCAGAGACGCAAAGCCCAAUAUGUAGAUUUUAUUUUUAUUUUCGGCCAAACAGCCCAAUUUCUAGAUUGAAUAACAAAAGGGUAUCCCGCCCUCAAAAAUCAAAUUGGCGCCAUUGCUGGCUGGGCUCACUGAAAAACCUCCGAUUCUCAGUGAGAAGAGCUAGAAGUCGACUCUACCAUGGCGGAGGUGAUCACUGCCAUGGACAUCGACGACGAUAACAACCCAUCUCCAAAACCCAACAACAACAAUAAGGGCAAAAACGUCGUCGCCGCCGCCGCCCCUUCCCACGGCAAAGCUACGCCGUGGGUCGAGAAGUACCGUCCUCAGUCACUCGCCGAUGUCGCGGCUCACCGCGACAUUGUCGACACCAUUGAUAGGCUCACUAGUGAGAACAGAUUGCCACACCUCUUGUUGUACGGCCCUCCUGGCACUGGCAAAACUUCAACCAUUCUUGCUGUGGCACGCAAGCUCUAUGGAGCACAAUACCACAAUAUGAUUCUGGAGUUGAAUGCAUCGGAUGAUAGGGGUAUUGAUGUUGUGCGACAACAGAUCCAAGAUUUUGCUAGCACACAGAGUUUCUCAUUUGGGGGUGACAGUGCAAAGUCAUCUGUAAAAUUGGUCUUGCUGGAUGAGGCAGACGCUAUGACAAAGGAUGCUCAAUUUGCUUUGCGAAGAGUGAUUGAGAAAUACACAAGGAACACUAGGUUUUCACUAAUCUGUAAUCAUGUCAACAAGAUUAUUCCAGCAUUACAAUCAAGAUGUACUCGUUUUCGAUUUGCUCCACUGGAGGAGUUUCAUGUCUCAGAGAGACUCAAACAUGUUAUAGAAACUGAAGGGCUUGAUGUGUCUGAGAGUGGCUUGGCGGCAGUUGUGCGGCUUAGCAAUGGUGACAUGAGAAAGGCUCUGAACAUUUUGCAGUCAACUCAUAUGGCUUCACAGCAGCAGAUAACAGAAGAAGCAGUAUAUCUUUGCACAGGAAAUCCAUUGCCCAAAGACAUUGAGCAAAUAUCCUACUGGCUCUUGAAUGAAUCAUUUGCUGAGAGUUUCAAACGAAUAUCUGAUAUGAAAACAACUAAAGGGUUGGCUUUGAUAGAUAUUGUAAGAGAAGUGACCAUGUUCGUUUUUAAGAUUAAGAUGCCACCAGAUGUUCGAGUUCAGUUGAUUAAUGAUUUAGCUGACAUAGAGUACAGGUUGACCUUUGGGUGCAAUGAUAGGUUGCAACUUGGAUCAUUGGUAGCUUCUUUUACGACAGCUCGAUCUGCACUUGUUUCUGCUGCGAAGUAGUUAUGCUUGUGUAAUUUGUAGGUUUCGAUUUCUGUUACCAAUGUACUUAUGAGACAAAUGUUUUGGUUCAUUACUCUGUUAAUGCACAAGUAGAGAGAAUGCCAAGAUGUUAUAAUGCCGGAUGUUAGUUUUGAAACCUCAAGGCAAUUUUGGGGAACUAUUGAGCUUUAA